AUCUUGAAAUGGUUAGCGUUGGGAUAGGCCAUAACAACCACCCAGCAAGGCGUUGUGCUACUAUGGGAAAAUACCGAACCGAGAAUAAAAACGGUUUUGGUGUAGUUUCUGGUCGAGGUAAAUGCUAGAAAUUCGCCUGGAAAGUCGAUGCAAGUGGAAAUUAUCGCAUAUUAGAGAUCAAAUGUGGACGUUGACGUCGAGCCGUGCGUAAUGAGCAGAGUUGGAAAAAGAAGGUGUUGAGCUGCAUUUUUUUCUCUCUCUCUGCCAGGGACAACUUGAGUCGGAGUACUGUCUAAACUACAAGGUGAUACGAAGAAAAAUAAUGCCCCCAAAGCUCUCCACUUUCUGGUAUGGCAGGCUCGGCCCGGGGCUCUGAGGAUGCUUCAGAGGAUCCGUGCCUGACCCACGACUAAGGAUUGAGAGGAAUACGUUGUCUGAGCAGAAUGACUCAGCAAGAGGGGGGACCCCCAAACAGCAAGUGAAGACAAGUUAGGAUGGGUGCCAAUGGAUCCAGCUAUCCACACUCAUGCUCCCCACGCAUAGGGGGAAAUGCACAGGCACAGCAGACUUUUAUAGGGACCUCAUCCUACUCUCAGCAGGGAUAUGGCUGGGAGUCUAAGCUAUACAGCCUGGAGCACGGCCAUGAGCGGCCCACAGACAGGAAGAAGAAGAGCCUUGGUCUGGCGACCCUCAAACGGAGGUUCAUCAAAAGGAGGAAGUCCAGCCGCUCAGCAGAUCAUGCGCGGCAGAUGCGGGAGCUUUUGUCAGGUUGGGACGUCCGUGACACAAAUGCCCUGGUGGAGGAAUAUGAGGGCACAGCAGCGCUCAAGGAGCUAAGCUUUCAGGCCAGCCUGGCACGUGCUGAGGCACCCAGCUUGCAGCGGGAUCUGGCUGCCCUCUACCAGCAUAAGUACUGCACUGAUGUGGACCUCAUCUUCCAAGGUACUUGCUUCCCAGCUCACCGGGCCAUCCUGGCUGCCCGCUGCCCCUUUUUCAAGACUCUGCUGUCGUCAUCCCCUGGCUAUGGAGCAGAGGUUCUCAUGGACAUUGAGACAGCUGGCAUUGAUGUGCCCAUGUUCUCUGCCCUGCUUCACUACUUGUACACUGGGGAGUUUGGGGUGGGUGGGGCGGAGGAUACCAGGCUGCAAAAUGUGGAUGUACUGGUGCAACUCAGUGAGGAGUUUGGUACACCCAACUCCUUGGAGGCUGAUAUGAAGGGCCUGUUUGACUACAUGUGUUACUAUGACGCUCUGCUCAGCUUCUCCUCAGACUCUGAGAUGAUAGAGAGCUGUAAUGAGCGAGGUGCUGGGGCUGCCGCACCAACAGUGGGCUCCGGGGGCCCUGGGACCCCAGAUGAGGACCUUAGGGCUCAUAAAGCUAUCCUCUCGGCACGUUCUCCUUUCUUCAGGAACCUUUUGCAAAGGCGCAUCCGCACAGGAGAGGAAAUGACUGAGCGCACAUUACAGACACCCACCCGCAUAGUGCUGGAUGAGUCUAUCAUCCCAAGGAAAUAUGUGCAAGUUAUUCUCCACUGCAUGUACACAGAUGCGGUGGAGCUUGGGCUGGUGCUGCGGGGCAGUCCCUCAGCGGGCAGCCUCGGCGAGGUGCAAGCACUGGUGUCUGGGGGCCGUGGAGCCAGCACACGCACAGAGGAGGCCAUGGAGCUGUACCACAUUGCUCUGUUCUUGGAGUUCAGUAUGCUGGCUCAAGGCUGUGAGGACAUUGUUGUGGAAAGCCUGUCUCUGGACUCACUCGUUCCCAUCCUGAAGUGGAGCUCCCAGCCAUACGGCUCCAAGUGGGUCCAUAGACAGGCCAUGCACUUCCUCUGCGAGGAAUUCAGUCAAGUUGUCACCUCCGAUGUUCUCUACGAGCUUAGCAAGGAGCACCUUCUCUGCGCAAUUCAGUCUGACUACUUACAGGCGAGUGAACAGGACAUUCUCAAGUACGUUGUGAAGUGGGGCGAGCAGCAGCUUAUUAAGAGGAUGGCAGACAGGGAGCCCAACCUGUUGAGCGGCACAGCACACAGUGUAAACAAGAGGGGAGUAAAAAGGAGAGACCUGGAUGUGGAGGAGCUAAAAGAGAUCCUGUCUCCCCUCCUGCCCUUCAUCCGAACUGAGCACAUCUUACCUCCCAACAGUGACGUCCUCGCUGACGCGCUUAAACGGGGUUUGAUAAGUACCCCUCCUUCCGACAUGCUGCCCACAGCUGAGGGGGGAAAAGCCAAUGCCUGGUUACGGCAGAAGAGCGCUGGAAUCUAUGUGCGUCCCCGCCUCUUCUCUCCUUAUGUGGAGGAGGCUAAGUCUGUGCUUGAUGAAAUGAUGGUGGAGCAGACAGACCUGGUGCGGUUGCGAUUAGUGCGCAUGUCUAACGUCCCAGACACACUCUACAUGGUCAACAACGCUGUGCCUCAGUGCUGUCACAUGAUCAACCACCAGCAAAUGGCAAGCAACGCAACCACAGCUCCAUCGGUUGUGGCUAAUGAAAUUCCAGUGCCUCAGCUGUCUGUGGUAAAGGAGAUGAUCCGGCGGCUGCAGGAACUGAGACACACCGAACAGGUCCAGAGAGCUUAUGCCCUCAACUGUGGUGAAGGAGCCACCGUCAGCUAUGAGCUGCAGCUCCGGGUGCUGAGGGAGUUCGGUCUGGCAGACGGAGCCACUGAGCUACUGCAGAACCCGUACAAGUUCUUCCCUGAUGAACGGUUUGGAGAUGAGAGUCCAAUUCUGGCUCUGCGCCAGGUGGGUCGGUGUCGGGUAAACAGCAGCCCAGCCAUGGAUAGCAUGUUCACAGAGCUGGAAGGGGUAGUGGGCUUCCACCCUCCCCUACCUCCUCCACCUCCCCCAUACCACCCCCCUGCCACACCCAGCCAUGCUCAGCUCAAGGGUGCCUGGCGUCCUCGUGUGCCCAUGCCAACCCCUACCCGUUCCUUCUCCUAUCCCUGCAACCGCACCCUGAUCCAGCGCCAUGCAGCCGCUAAGCAUGGCAGCUCAGACUACUCCUCUGUGCCCAGGCCUCAGCCCCCAGACUGCACCAACCCGCAGGCUAUGGGCCGAGCUUUUCUUUCAGACCAGCAAGCGAUGAGCAUGGAGCCUGUUAUGAGGGAGUUCAUGCCUGACAUUGCACUGGGAGUCUCUGUCAUGUCCCUGAGGGAGCAGCACAUGGCAGAGAUGGACAGGGAAGGCCCUCACAGCCCAAUGGGCCCCUCGGGCCACCAUCUGCCCCAUGGACCCUGCCCUUCUGCCCGCCACAGCCAUGGUCACGGUCCUGGACAUGGCCACUCCUGCAAGAGACAUGCUCCUGAACCCAAGCUGGAGGCUCAAGCCGAGUUCCCUGAUCUGUAUGACUUCUCCUGCCGACCUGCAACCCCAACCUCCACUCACCCUUUGCCCUCCUUUGCAGGACCAGACCUCUACAGCCACAGCUGCACCCCCUCCAGCUCUUAUCCCCCCCCCUACAUUUCUGACUCUCAGUCCCAGGGCCGCCCACAGGGACGGACUGCCCCAGACCCGCUACGCCUGGAUGUCCUCAGUAUGACCUCUCAGAGGCAUGAUGGAGUCCUUGCCAGCCCCUCUGGGGCACAGUCUAGGAUGGGACACAUCCCAAGGGGGCGAUCAAAUGAGACAGACCUGACUCAUGGCUUGGGCCAUUUACGGUCUCCCAGUGGGAACAUGGACAGCUAUGAGGAGAGGCACACAGGACCUAGAGAUGCCCCAGAGGAGAUGGUUCUAGCUGGGGAAUCAUUGGGCCCGGGCUCCCUCCAGCAGCCUCACAGGAACAGUGUCAGCGAGGAGAUCUCCAGAGACCGCAGGUCACCCAGCAAGCCUGACUACCCUUAUAAGAAAUCUGCACUUUAACCCCACUUGAGGACCAGGGGUUGAGUUAAGAAAAGGGAAAUUGUGAUAAGUGGCUGUCCAUCACAAUGGAUGGCAAAGCACUAAAUGUGUGCCUGCGUGUGUGUGUGUGUGUGUGUGUGUGUGUGUGUGUGUGUGUGCGUGUGCGUGCGUGAGGAGCAGGGGAAAGGGUGGUCGAUGGUUGCUAUUUAUAGGAUCUGUCCUUUUUGUCCUACCUCUAUCACACUGUGCUAUCCAUCACACAGUCAGAGUAUGGAAUGAGUAACAGCUGUAGGUUAAUUGUCAAUGCUUGUAAUCGAUCUCUGCAAGCCUGCCUAGUCCUGCUGGUUUAGAGGAUGACUCAGGCUUUACUAGAAUAGAUUUGUCUCGAGUUUGAUUGUAAAGAAAGAGGUUAGCUCUAGGCUGUGUGAGUCCAGCACAAGGAGGCCACAACACUAGAUGUAGCUCAGUUAUAAACCGAUUGUUUAACAAAGAUUAUUUUCAAAGGCCCUGUUGUCUCGAUUAUUUUCAGCAUAGAAUGGGGUAGAUGGCACGAUCGGAAUCUCAAUUUACACAAGCCAGCAAUGGUACACAGUCUGGGGCAGUGAGUAUUACGAUAAAAUCAUAUGUAAAUGCUUCUGGCUGUAUUCUUUUCCUCCCAUUACUUGUAUUUCCAUUUCCUCCUGUAGCAUGCCUAUAGCAACCCACUUGACUAGUUGUCCCCUCCUGGCUCUGGUGCUGAUGAGGAAUGGGCUAAGGCUUGUUCACACAAAGCAGAAAUUGAAUCCGACAGGAAGUAGGUCAUCAGAGCUUGUCAUUGUCCUGUAACCCAGUCUGAUAAUGGUGUCAGGCUUUACCUAUCACAGCCAGUGUCUAGCUUGGAGGCAGCAGCCUGGUGUUUUCAGAGAGGGUGGAGGGGGGCAGGAGGAUUGCAAGCAGGCGUUACUGAGAUACAGUGGAUAAUAUAGGGGUGCCAUGGCAACUGACAUACAGUGAUGAAAUGGAGUACUGGGGGUUUGUUGGUUUUUGUGUGUGUGUGUGUGUGUGUGUGUGUGUGUGUGUGUGUGUGUGUGUGUGUGUGUGUGUGUGUGUGUGUGUGUGUGUGUG